GAGCUUGUACUUCUCCGGCGAUAUGAUGAAGAUCUUGGAGUUGUCCGGGUGCAUGCACUCGACGUGGGGCAGGUUCAAAUUGAGGAAGCUGGUGGUCGAUUCGGUGAGCAAUAUUGUUACGUACACGUCGUCAAAGUCGGUGGUUUUCGAGGGUCCGAUGUCUUUCAUGUCGAUGUGAUGGGGAUCCGGUGAACGAGAAACAUGAAUUUGGUCGAGGCGGACGGAAAUGUGGAUGAACGAAAGUGAGAUGGGGAUGAAUUGAAUUUAUUCCAUUUUUGAUUGCUAUUCGUUAUGCCAGUUUGACAUGGGAAAUGCUGGAUGCGUUAUUUUGAAGUGUUUAUUGUCAUUGUUGAAGUGUCCUUUCGUUCAAGUUUGUUUAAAUUUUAAGCGACCCUCGUAUGUUACGAAAUGAAAUAUGUAAUAGUUCCGAACUUUUACAUCGUCACCUACAUAUUGAAAAGGUAGAAAUGUAGUGGUAACGAACUGAUGAAGAACUUUCACUUUUGUCUUCAUUCGCUGCUUUUUAUAACAGUGAAUGCGAGUCGACGCGUAUUUUCAACUCGAAGAAAAAUGUUGAAAACUUAUUUUAUAUUUCUUUUGGUGGGUAUGUUUGCAAUAGUAACUGCCAUUGAACCGAGAGCUCCAAAUUUCCAAUAUUACGAACGACCCAAAUAUCGAUAUCCCUACUAUGAUGAAAACGGUGUGGGUAGACUCCUUUAUGGAUACGGUGGAGACAAAUUGUAUCAGUACAAGGUUUUCUCUCCAUUAGAAGGAAUUCAUUAAUAUGAUGAAAUUAAUGUUUUUGUUAGUUUUGUAUAUAGUUUUAAUAAAUGUUUAAUUCAUA